AUGUCAGGUUGUAAUAAUGGAGUGCAAUCCAAAAUUCGUGAAUUGUCAAAAAAUGUAUGUCCAUAUGUGCACUGUUACGCUCAUAGACUCAAUUUAGUUUUGGUAGACACAACUAAAAAAGUUGAAGCACUUGAUGAAAUAAUAGGAUUGUUAGAAGCAAUUUAUGCUUAUCAAAGCUCUUCUAUGAUAAGACAUAAUGCUUUUAUACAAGCUCAAAAAGGUUGUGGAAACAUUAUUGAAGUCCCUCAACAUUGUGAAACUAGGUGGGUCUCUAAGUAUAAAGGUGUCAAUUUUUUCAAAAGUAAAUUUAAAUGUGUAAUUGCUGCAUUAACAGAAUGUUCUAAAAGUUCAAAAAAAAAAGAAGCCGCUGAGGCUCGUGGUCUUCUACAUCAAUUUACUUCAUUUCAUGUAAUUUUAACUCUAUUUUACUUGGAUGAAUUUUAG